CACCGACCACGAACAUCCGGUUACCGCCAUUUUAGAGUGUUAACUGCUCUUGGCGUGUUUCUUUGGACGCUCCCGAAUGGUUCGAUAUUUUUCCUGAAAAUUUCGCAAGUAGCUCUUUUAUUUUUCGCAUAACAUACUGCAGUAGGGUUAGUGAUUCAAGAUGAGUUACGGCAGACCUCCGCCCGACGUCGAGGGCAUGACAUCUUUAAAAGUCGACAAUCUGACCUACCGCACGUCCCCUGAAACGCUGCGGCGGGUUUUCGAGAAAUACGGCCGAGUCGGGGACGUCUAUAUCCCGAGAGACCGGUACACAAAAGAGAGCCGCGGGUUCGCCUUUGUCCGUUUUCAUGAUAAGCGGGACGCGGAGGAUGCAAUGGACGCCAUGGACGGCGCGCUGCUGGACGGCCGCGAACUGCGCGUGCAGAUGGCGCGAUACGGGCGCCCGCCAGAUUCGCAUUACAGCCGCCGCGGAGGCCCGCCGAGGAGAUACGGAGGACAUGGACGGAGAAGCCGAAGCCGUAGUCCUCGGCGCAGGAGGCACAGCAGGUCUAGAUCCAGGAGCAGAAGCCGGUCCCGUUCCCGUAGCAGAUCCCGCUACAGCCGAUCCAGGUCCUACUCCCGCUCCCGAUCUAAGUCCCGUUCCCGCUCCAAAACCCGCACACCACGCAGAAGCAAGUCCAAAUCGGCUUCCAGGUCCCGUUCAAGGUCUAAGUCCAAGUCUCGCUCCAGGAGCCAUACUCCCAGAUCAAACAAAGGAUCCAAAUCACGAUCCAGAUCGAGAAGCAGACCGAAAUCUCCAGAGGAUACUGGAGCCACUGCUGAAUCCUGAGCUGAAACAUAGGUGAGCCUAAUGCUUUGUUUGAAAAUAUAUUCCUAAUUUUCUUGCAACUGGUGGAAUUUGUAUCGUCACCCAAGAAUUGUAAUGACAAGUGCAUUUUUUAUUUUUUUUAUUUUUAUAAAUAUCCCUUUUGAUUGAAUUACAAUUUUGAUUAAAGCAAAAUUAAUGCCCAAAGUGGUGUAAAGUGAAUACAUACGUGGCUCACUGCUCACUUAAAAUGGCUGCUUAAAAUUUUAUAUUUAAUGUUUCGCCCCUCUACUUUUCUCUUUCACCAAGUCCUUCAAGACCUCUGCAGAUGUAGUAGAUCGGUAGAUGCAUUAUCUUAAAGGUGGUUUCAGGUAUUACCCACGUUUAGUUUGGAGCUGUUAUUCACAGCAUUUGUCUGGUUUCUCCGUUUCUGCAUGACUU